GGUCAGCCUUCCGUCCCGAUCCAAAGUCGUUGUCGCUGCAGGUGCGAGUUGUCACCAUCACACCGAUUCCUCUCUCCACACAGUCGCCGCCCCGCACGCCCUCGCCCUGCACCGCUGCCUGAGUGUCUGCCACGCCUGACGCUUGCGAGGCCGGCAUCCAGGCACACAUUGUAAAUACCCACGCACCACCAGGAAUGGCCAGAGAUCGCGACGAGCGCAAUUCCAGGUAUUACUACGACGACUAUUCUUCCGACGACCGAGACAGGGAGCGGAGGAGCCAUCGGCACCGCCAUCGGCGCCGCGAGUACGACGACGAAGAUUCUGCCGCCAAACGCGAGCGAAGGGAACGACGGCGGGCCGAGGAAGCACGACGGGACACCGAGCUGGACCUGGAUGAAUUGAGAGCGCGGCGCGCAUCGUUCUAUUCCCGCCCCGAGCCAGAGAGACGUCGUGAGUCUCAGCGCAUGGCACAGGAGAUCCGCAUUGACAGGGAGAAGACGAAGCCGCGGAGCAGUCACAGGGAGGUCAGAAGAGAUGGUACAAGGAGGAAGAAGAGGCAAGAGAAGGUGGGAGAUGACCGGAGUGACGACUAUGUCUACGGCAGGCCGAAGUCGAGGGGUCUGGUGGAAGAGAUCGCGGUCAAGCGGUCAUCGGCACGGAGGAGGAGCGACGAGGGCGGUUCAUUGAGAAGGGCAGCAGACUCUCCGCGAUCGGGGUCAGGCUCGAGGCCUGUCUCCGUGCGGAGAGUCGAAGUGCCCAAGUUGAGCAGGAGCGUCUCCGCGAGAGAACCAAAUAGAGUCUAUAUGGCGACCAGACCAUCCAUGCGACGAUCUAGCACUCUCAAGCUCCCUACCGCCACCGCAACCCCCAUCUCAAGAUCACACUCUAUGUCUGCCAGGGACUCUGCCAGGGACUCUACCCAUGCGCCGCGGAGGAGUACCGGCGGUCUCUUGGCAACCCUUUUCAAGCCUCCCACAAGAGCAUCGACCACCGUGCUGCACAAGGAGAUACCAAGGGUUCAAUGCCUUGUCUGCCUGAACGACGACCUUCUCGCGAACAAAACGGCCAAGCUCAGCUGCGGCCACCGCAUGUGCCACUCCUGCCUCAAGCGCCAAUUCUCCCUCUCCGUCACCGAUCCGCAACAUAUGCCCCCAACCUGUUGUAACGCCGAACACAUUCCUCUGAAACAUGUCGAGCGUCUGUUUGACGAUAAAUUCAAGAAGCUGUGGAACAAAAAAUAUCAGGAAUACACUACCGCAAACCGGCUGUAUUGCCCGACCAAAGGAUGCGGGGAGUGGAUUAAGCCGUCGAAGAUACGCAUGGACUUGGCGACCAGCAGAAAAUACGCUCGGUGUGGUCGUUGCAGUACCAAAGUGUGUGUGUUGUGUAACAACAGAUUCCAUACCCGGCGGGAAUGCCCCAGGGACGAAGAGACAAGCCGUUUCGUGCAGAUGGCGAAAGACAAGGGCUGGCAGAGGUGCUAUAACUGCAAGGCUAUGGUUGAGCUGAAGGAAGGCUGCAACCAUAUGACUUGCCGAUGUACGGCACAGUUCUGCAUGAUUUGUGCCCUGCCCUGGAAAACGUGUAACUGUCCGUGGUUCAACUACAAUCACCUCAACGAUGACGACCGCUUGAAUGACAUGCGCGUUCCCUACAUUCCCCAACAGGAUGUAGUCGAAGUCGUAGAAUUACCACCCGAACCAGCUCCACACCCCGCACGCCGUGCCAGCACACGGCUUCGACACCGAGUCGACCGUGACUUAGAACGAGCAGACGAGGCCCUUGCUGCCCACCUUCAAGCCCAACUCAUCCUCAAUAAUACCCCAACACAUUCAGAAACUCGACGAAGCGACCCCAAUGUUCAAGUAUAUGGUGUGGGAAAUUCCGGCACCCACCAUAUGAAUGACUCGUACACGGUCCGACCCCUCGCGACCGCAGCAGCGCGAACCUCCGUCCGCAUGUCUACCCCUCGAUUCUUCAGCCGCCGCGUUGUCCGCGAAUCCGUUCGAUCUUCACCCGCCGCUGCAGAUGUCAGAGCAUCCACCAUGGCCGGCCUAUCGCGCGACGGAACUCGCCGCGGAGCGAACAGGGUUGGGACAUGGCUGCAACAUGUCCAGCUGGACCGCGAAGCAGUAGACUCGGCUCCUCGGGGGGUCGAAGUUGAUGACUGGAGGGCCGAUGGGUCGAUGAUGGGGAUCGAUUAAGAACAUACGUUGUUGUUU